GUGUCACUUUCAGGUCUCCUCACACUGCUGGUGUGUUCCAUUUUUUGUCAUAGGGUGCUGGCAGAUUACGGGCCUCCCAUAGCUGCUGCCAGGCCCCUAAUCUGCCAUGGGCCCCUGUACCGCCUCCUCAUGCUGCUGCCAGGUCCAGAGUCUCUCAUGGGUCCCUGUACGGCCUCCCAUUGCUGCUGUCUCCAUCGCCACACUCUGCCAUGUGCCACUUUCAGGUCUCCUCACACUGCUGGUGGUUUCCAUUUUUGUCAUAGGGUGCUGUAUGCCUCCCAUUGCUGCUGCCUCCACCGCCACACUGUGGCUCCACACUCUGGUUUUGGCCCCGUGACUGCCCAAAUGAGUGAAGUGUGCGGUGAUUCUAAGAUCGACGGCACUCAUCUGCAUGUCAUACUG